CCAUUCCAAUCCCCAAUACGGAGGUUUCUCACCAGUCACACAUGGAGGCCUCCACUAACACCUCAGUAGAUGAAUAUGAGUGAUAUCGGAGACACCUCCAUUUCCGACCAGCUUCUUAAAAAUGGAGACCCGAACAACAUCAACGUCAUGCCGCCAGCUUCUAGUGGUUAUAAUUUACGGCAUAGCUCUCAAGACAACAUUCUUGGACGCACUUGCUCUAGCCCUAAGCUGGAGAAAGUUGAACCGGUCCAGAAGGCCCGCAAGAAGCCAGGCCCAAAGCCGGGGUCGAAGUCCUACAAGAACACUCCAAUCAAAAAGAACGACCUAGAGGCGAAGAAAGGUGUGAUUAGAGAAAUUGAGAAGUUCUGGGGAACAAACUUCAUCCGUCAAUAUGUCCCGAAGGUUCGGCGUCCGCUAGUAAAACGACCUCCUGGCCCAAAACGUAAGGACACUCAACGCUACCCCCAGAAUGAUCCCAAGUACUGGCAGCCAGCCGUGCUCAAGGCUGUACUCAUGGUUGCGCAGAAGUGUGGCGAUAAGAUUAGGCUUCGGAGGUUAAUGAAUGAAGCGGUGGAAUAUCGCAUUAAGCAUACUGGCAACUUGAAACCGCAACUUGUAACCACUGACUUUGAUGUCAUUGAAGAUGUCAUCGAAAAGGGCUGGACUAUCCCACAGAGCUUCAGUGUCCGUUACAAGCACCUCACGGGAGGUCGAUCUUUCGACUUAGAGGAGGAGGGUGAUGGUCAAGAUCAAGAACUGGUUGAUGCUAGUGACGACGCCGAAGAUGCCGAGAAGAUUGAAGAUGGUGACUCCUUCAAUGAUGACGAUUCGAUUGGUUUCCACGAGCUGUCAGCAUUCCAGCCGAACCUCCAACAGAUGCAAGCUCUGGGUCAGCAGCCUCUUCCUCAACUCCAGUAUCAGCCCACGCAGUACAUCAAUCCAUACGGUCGAGCUCAUCUCCAGGGAAACUACCAAGUCACUCCCCCUCAGAGCUUCAAUACUUCUAGCGAGAGGCGUCGCAGUUCCUCUCAUCGAGACCAUACAACUCCGCAUCAAUAUCAUCAGCCUCAGCAGCACCAGCAGCAGCACCAAGAGUACCCGUAUACUUUACAACCUCAAAACGGCCUCUCAUCAUCAUCAUCACCACCAUCACCAUCAUCAUCCACCCGUUCCAUGAGUCGUCUCCAGGUCCAGUCUUCUCCAUAUGAGCUCCCUUCAAGCCCCCUUCUACUUGUCCAACACCCCCCUGGAAAGUUAGACAUCAAGCCCGAGUUUCGUAGCUCUUCUCUCAGCCAAGACCACGUGAAUCAAAAAUUUCCUACUCCAGACACAUAUAUUAAGACUGGUAUUCCUCCUAUCCAGAAUACUUACUCUAACGGCAAGAUGGGCUUCGGUGAACCUGUAGAUGACGACGAUGAGUUUCUGAAGGCGCAGCUGGAGGUUGCUGAGGCGAAGGAGAAGCGGGCAGAGUUGAAGUUGCAGGUGCUUGAACGUAAGCGUAUGAAGAACAUGUAG